GUCAGUUCAGGAAAAAUGGAGAAAAUUAUACUGGACAUUUUAGCAAAUCAUCUGGGUUUCACGUAUGAGAUUGUUCCUCCUCAGGACAUUUUAUCGACAGGUUUUCUCCAGCGGAACGGUUCGUGGACUGGAACUACUGGUCAAUUGCAACGAAGGGAAGUUGAUAUGUGCGUGACUUGGAGUGCAGCAGCGCUUAGUAAAGCAAAGAUCCUAGACAAUUCCUACCCCGUCGUGUAUGCAAAUUCUGCUAUAAUCAUUCCAUUUCCAAAAGAAAACAAUAGAGUAUGGUUCGGCACAUCAUCAUUUCAAUAUCCGGCUUGGAUCGCCAUUCUUGUUACUUUUGUUGUUACCAUUUUCAUUUCGUGGAUCAUCUUCCGCAUCAACAGUUCAAGAUUGGACGUUAAAGCUCCCACGUUGAGUUACUGGGUUUUUUUCUAUUUCGGCUUGUGGACAUCGCAAGGUAUUAUGCUGAGAGGUUCCUCAACACCAUUUCGUAUAGUUUGCGUUGCUACCUUAUUCGGGAUUUACAUAGCCGCCAAUUACUUUACAGCGUCUUACACUUCUAUUCUGUCGACGCCUGUUUUCAAGGCGACUAUAAACUCCGUUGAAGAUUUAGCCAAAAGCCACACAGUUAAAACUCUUCUAAUCAAAGGAUCGAGCUCCGACGAGCAAAUCAUGUCAUCAUCGGAUCCCACUUUUAAAAAGAUCGCCGAUCAAAUGCGGCGCUAUCCUGAAAGAAGGAUCGUCGACGCAUUCACAGUGGAUGAUAUUUCAACCAUCGUAAAGGACGAUACUGCUAUGGUUAUAGUCGAGUCGAAUGGCGUUUCAUUAAUUGAAAAUAGCUAUAAGAUCAACAACAAAUGUCUUGUGACUCUGGCCGAGAAAACCUUCUUUAGUCGUCCGCAGGGCUUCACCUAUCCCAAGAACAGUCCGAUAGCCAAAGAAAUAGAUUACGAUCUCCUGCUGAUGCAUCAAGCUGGAUUGAUUCAAUAUGCCGAGCGGAUUUCCAAAUCGAAGAAUCGCUGUCGCGUCUCUGAUUUGGCUAAAGCCCAAGCUCGAAAAAUUGCCCCACUUGGCCGAAAGGAAAUGAGCGGAUCUUUUGUCAUUCUGGCUUUGGGAAUGGCUGUAAGCUUCUUCGUUUUUCUUGUCGAAUUGAUUAUCACGAAGAUGAAAAAAGCAUUUGCACGCAAGUAA